ACCAAAUGUGUAUAAACACUGUCUAAUACAUAACUCUUUUUGUGUUUUUUACUUACUCGAUAAGAUUCUUCUUUUAAAACCAGAAGAAGAAGAGAAAAGAAAACAAUUCAAUCUUGAGAUUGUAUCAAGAAACCUCAAAAGAGUAAAAAAAAAAUGAGUUUCUUCAGAUCAAAGACUUCAAGAACUGGAGCAAAACAAUCUUCGUAUGGACAAGAACAAGACAACGCCAUGUACUCAUCUUACGGAACAGUGAGCGAUGAAGUGUUGUUAAAGAUUGAUGGAUGCAGAGCUCAUCUCAUCGACGGAUCCGAAGCGGUGGAGCUCGCCGCCGGAGACUUCGAGCUUGUACAAGUUUUCGACAACGGUGUGGCUUUAGCUAUGGUCGUGAAGAUCGGGAAUGACUUACAAUGGCCUGUGAUUAAAGACGAGCCAGUGGUGAAACUCGAUUCACGUGACUACCUUUUCACGUUGCCGGUUAAAGACGGGCCGCCACUUAGCUACGGUGUCACUUUCUUCCCCAUUGAUGAAAACGACGUCGUGUUCUUGAACAGUGUUGAGUUGUUAGACGAUUUCUUGAGAGAGAACUCUUGUUUCUCUUCUUCGUCUUCCUCUUCUUCUUCUUCGACGUCGUCUCGUGUUAACAACAAUGGAAUUGAUUGGAAAGAGUUUGCGCCUAAGAUUGAAGAUUAUAAUAAUGUUUUGGCUAAAGCUAUAGCAGGAGGUACAGGUCAAAUCAUUAGAGGGAUGUUUAAAUGCAGUAAUGCUUACACUAAUCAGGUUCAUAAAGGAGGUGAGGUUAUGAUUACCAAGGCUGAGAAGAAGAAAGGUGCCUCGUCACAAAAAAAUGCUACCAGAAACAAGAACCAAAUCAAUAAGAACCUUCAACGAGUGAGGACAUUGUCGAGAGCGACCGAGAAAUUGAGCAAGACGAUGUUGAAUGGUGUGGGAGUGGUGAGCGGCUCGGUGAUGGGUCCAGUUGUUAAGUCUAAGCCAGGGAAAGCUUUUUUCUCAAUGGUUCCAGGGGAGGUUCUUUUGGCUUCACUUGAUGCUCUUAAUAAACUACUAGACGCUGCUGAAGCUGCAGAGAGACAAAGUCUUUCUGCUACGUCCAAGGCUACUACCAAAAUGGUUACUGAGAGGUUAGGUGAGAGCGCGGGGGAAGCCACGAGUAAUGUGCUAGGCACGGUGGGACACGCAGCCGGGACUGCCUGGAAUGUCUUUAAUAUCCGCAAAGCUUUCACUCCUUCCUCUUCACUCACAUCCGGGAUCCUAAAAAAUGCUUCAAGAAAGUGAUCUUUGUUCAAUUCUUAUCAUUGAUGAUCAGCUUUUAUGUAUGUUUUCGAGUAUUGAUUAAUUUCAUAUCUAAAGAUUGUAAGAUCAAAUACUAAAAUGUGCAAAUGUGUAAUCUUUACUCAAUAAAAUGUCCGACAUCAGACGUGUGUCUAAGCAA